CCCAGUCUGGGCAAGAAAGCUCUGUUUCAAGAGUGGGACAUGCCCAAGAGGAUUCAUGCUGCCAUGUGUUCAUAUUGCUGCCUUUGCCCCCAGAAAAUGCCAGGAUGGUCCCUUGUAUGGCUGUGGCUCUGAUUAUAGGCACAAACUUCUUUUUCUGUGUGGACCCUGGGAGUUGUCAUUCCUGCAUAGAGGUAUUUCCAAGCAUUGAAUACCAAUGCAUGGACCAAAAUCUCUCUGAAGUUCCAGUGGAUAUACCUUCAUCCACCCAGAACCUGGAUCUGAGUUUCAACCCAUUGAAGUCUUUGGCUCCACGAAGUUUUUCCAGGAUUGAUGGACUGAGAAUACUUGACUUGUCCAGAUGUGAUAUUCAGAAGAUUGAGGAUGACACGUAUCAGGGCCUAUGUAAUCUCUCCACUUUGAUCCUGACGGGAAACCCAAUCCAGAGUCUGGGUCUCAGAGCCUUCUAUGGUCUACCAAAGUUAGAGAAGCUGAUUGUUGUAGAAACAAAUCUCGUGUCUCUGGAGGACUUUCCCAUUGGACAUCUCAUGACCCUGCAGGAGCUAUAUCUGGGACAUAAUUCCAUCAGUUCUCUCCAGUUACCCAAUUAUUUUGCCAGUUUUACCUCCCUUCAGCAUCUGGACCUUCACCUGAAUCAGAUAAAAAAUAUUUCUGAUGGAGAUUUAGAGCCUAUAAAACUGAAUCCCAAUCUCACCCUGGAUCUUUCCCAGAAUCCUAUUCAAUAUAUCCAUCCAGGUGUCUUGAAGGGGAUUCACUUAUCUGGACUAAUUCUGAGAGAUAGUUUUCAUACCUCAGCAAUCAUGGACGCUUGUCUUAGGGGAAUGACUGGCUUACAAGUUGAUAAGCUGGUCCUUGGAAACUAUAAAAAUGAAAUCCAAAUAGAAAACUUUGAGAAUGGCAUCCUCGAUGGGUUGUGUGAGGUGGACAUUGAUGAAUUUCGGAUGGUUACUCCUUCUGAAUUCCCUUCGGAUACUAAUGGAUUUUUCAAAUGUUUAGUCAAUGUUUCAGUUCUCCAUCUGGUUACAGCUCCCUUACAGGAGCUGACUAACCUACCAAUAUUCCCUAAGCUAUUCUCCUUGGUAUUCACUAACUGUAAUUUUGAUAUAUUGCCUUACUUUCCAUCUACCUCUCUCCCCUCCCUUAAAGAACUCCGGAUUACACGCCACAAAGAUCUCACCACUUUGUCUGAUCUGGAACUUCCUAGUCUGGAGCUUCUGGACCUCAGCCAAAAUGCUCUGAAUGUUUUGUCCUGCUGUUCAGAUAAUAUAUUUGAUACACCCAAGCUGAAAUAUUUGAAUCUGAGUUACAAUGCCCACAUCAUUUUGAGUAAGAACUUUAUGGGCCUUGAGAACCUAGUAUCUUUGGAUCUUCAACAUUGUACACUGAAAGGUCAGAAUGAUUUCCCUGUCUUUUUCUCACUCACAAAUCUUCAGUACCUGGAUAUUUCUUACACGAACUCUCAUAUCAAAUCUAAAUACAUUUUCACAGGUUUGAACAGUCUCAGACAUCUAAGAAUGGCUGGCAACUCUUUCCAGGACAACAUCCUACCUGACAUCUUCAAGAACCUGAGUGAGCUCGUCUCACUAAAUAUUUCCUACUGUCAACUAGAACAAGUACACCUAUCGACAAUGAAUUCCCUACUUCAACUCCAGGUGUUGGAUAUUAGCCAUAACAACCUCCAGACUUUUGAUCCCCUCAUUUGCAUGCCUCUUUCAAACCUCCAAGUCCUGAAUUUCAGUUACAAUAGCAUCACAGCCCUGGAUGGUCAGAAUCUACAUAAACUGCCAAGGACCCUGGUUUCUAUUGAUCUUUCUGGAAAUCCUUUUGACUGUGUGUGUGACCAUCAGAUCUUCUUUCAGUGGGUCAAAGAGAAUAUACAGCUCUUGAAUAUAUCUAAGCCAAUGACUUGCCAGACCCCUUAUUAUAUGAAAGAUGUCUCUGUGGUGUUAUUUGACAAUUUAACAUGUCAUAUGAAAAAGACCAUCAUUGCUGUAUCUGUUUUGGGCAUAAUGGUGGUCCUUUUGAUAUUGGCCUUGGUCUAUAAGUUCUAUUUCCACCUGGUGCUGCUUGCUGGUUGCAAAAAAAUUGGUGGAGGGGAAAGCACAUAUGAUGCCUUUGUCAUCUAUUCUAGUCAAGAUGAGGAUUGGGUGAGGAAGGAAUUGGUGAAAAACCUCGAAGAAGGUGUUCCUUCAUUCCAACUCUGCCUCCACUACAGAGAUUUUAUCCCUGGGGUGGCUAUUGCUGCCAACAUUAUCCAAGAAGGUUUCCAUAAGAGUCGGAAGGUCAUUGUGGUGAUUUCCAAGCACUUUAUCCAGAGCCGCUGGUGCAAGUUUGAGUAUGAAAUUGCCCAGACAUGGCAGUUUCUGGGCAGCCAGGCAGGGAUCAUCUUUAUCAUGCUACAGAAAGUGGAAAAGUCACUGCUACGACAACAGGUAGAACUCUAUCGACUGCUACGCAGAAACACCUAUCUGGAAUGGGAGGACACUAGUCUGGGUAGACAUGUGUUUUGGAGACGACUGAGGAAAGCAUUGCUAGAUGGCAAAAAAAGCAGUUAUAAAGAAGCAGCAGAACAGGGGGCCAGGUAGCUGGCAUCAGCCACUUACAGCUGAAAGGAGAAGAAAGGAGUAUAAGCUAUUUUCUUUUAUUCAUAAGUGUAUAUAUUUCUUGGCCUUCUUUACUGUAUUUCAAUGUGACACUGAGUCACAUAAAUGUUAGAGUAGGAAGGGACAAUGGACACUAUGUAGUCCAAUCCUUCCAUUGUUCAGAUUAAGAAAAAAAAAGAUCAAGUUUGUAUUUUAAAUACAAGUAUUCAAAAUAAUCCAAGAGGUUUAACAUUGAAAUAGAAACUUUGUUCUUGUCAUUCAGUCAUUUUUCAGUCAUGUCUGACUCUUUGUGACCCCAUUUGGGGUUUUCUUGGCAAAGAUACUAAAGUGGUUUGACAUUUUUUUCUCCAGCUCAUUUUACAGGUGAGGAAAUUGAGGCAAACAGGGUGAAAUGACUUGUUCAGGGUCGCAUAAGUAGUAUUUGAGGUCAAAUUUGAACUCAGAUCUUCCUGAUUCCAGGAACAGUACUCUAUCUACUGCAUCACAGGAGAAAUUAAUUAUGAAAUAGAUAUAUCUGGGUUCUGACAACAGCUCUGCCACUAACUAGCUUGAGCUUUUGAACAUGUUAUUUCAUUUCUAUUAAUUUCUUAACUCUUCCAUGAAAUGAGGUUUUUAGUAUCUUUUCAUCUUUCAUGAUCUAUGACCAUUUUGCUACACUAAAAUAUAAUAUUCUCAAAUAUUUCAGAUAAUUCAGUCUCUUUUUUCUUUCUAAAAAUAGUUGCACAAAGAUUAAGAGGCAAUGUCCAAGCUAGAUUCCAUUUUUUGAAGAAGAAAAAAAAAGUGAUUCUGGAAAUAAAUGCUUUUAAAAAAAUAAUUUUGGGGGAAAGCUAGGUAGCACAGUAGAUAAAGCAUCGGCCCUGGAUUCAGG